CCUUCAUUUUUGCUCUCCCCCACAACAACGACGAGCGCCUGACAGCCAAAGUCUCCACGCUGACAGACCGAGAGUCUCUGCUGAAGUGAUGUCCUCUGUUGUGGCCCCAGAAAAACCCUCCUCCAACGCCAUGGGCCCCAAAGAGGUGGAGUUGAUCCUUGUGAAGGAACAGAACGGGGUCCAGUUCACCUCCAGCACCUUGGUAGUUCCUGCUCAGACUAACCCCAGUGGGGAGGAGGAGAGGGAGACCUGGGGGAAGAAAAUCGACUUCCUUCUGUCGGUGAUUGGAUUUGCCGUGGACCUGGCAAACGUGUGGAGAUUCCCUUACCUCUGCUACAAGAAUGGAGGAGGUGCAUUCUUGGUGCCAUACCUGUUCUUCAUGGUGAUCGCAGGGAUGCCUCUUUUCUACAUGGAGCUGGCUCUGGGACAAUACAACAGAGAGGGGGCUGCAGGUGUUUGGAAGAUCUGUCCCAUAUUUAAAGGUGUGGGUUUCACAGUGAUUCUUAUUUCCCUUUAUGUUGGUUUCUACUAUAACGUCAUCAUCUCCUGGGCACUGUUCUACCUCUUCUCAUCAUUCACCAGCGAGCUACCAUGGGUCCACUGCAACAACACUUGGAACAGUCCAAACUGCUCUGACUGGGCUGAGAACGGCUCAGUUGGAGACAUUUACAAAGCCACGCCUGCUCAGGAGUACUUUGAACGAGGGGUCCUUCAUAUUCAGGACAGUAAUGGUAUUGAUGACCUUGGCCGUCCUCGCUGGCAGUUGACUUCCUGUUUGGCUGUGGUGAUUAUUCUGCUUUACUUCAGUCUUUGGAAGGGCGUUAAGACCUCUGGGAAGGUUGUGUGGAUCACAGCCACCAUGCCCUACGUGGUCCUGACUGUGCUGCUGCUCCGCGGAGUCACCCUGCCCGGAGCCAUCGAUGGCAUUAAAGCUUACCUCUCGGUGGACUUCCUGAGACUCUGUGAUGCCAAGGUUUGGAUUGAGGCGGCGACGCAGAUCUGCUUCUCGCUGGGAGUGGGGUUUGGUGUGCUAAUUGCCUUUUCCAGCUACAACAAAUUCAGCAACAACUGUUACAGAGAUGCCAUCAUAACCAGCUCCAUCAACUCUUUAACCAGUUUCUUUUCCGGAUUUGUGGUCUUCUCCUUCCUUGGGUACAUGUCCUACAAACACAAUGUCGCUAUAGAUAAAGUCGCCAGAGAUGGUGCCGGGUUGGUGUUCGUCAUUUAUCCUGAAGCUAUAGCAACAUUACCCGGAUCAUCAGUGUGGGCUGUUAUUUUUUUCAUCAUGCUGUUGACACUCGGACUCGACAGCGCUAUGGGUGGGAUGGAGUCGGUGAUCACAGGUCUGAUCGAUGAAUUUAAAUUCCUUCACAAGCACAGAGAGCUGUUCACUCUCUUCAUUGUUGUUGCCACGUUUCUCAUUUCCCUCUUCUGUGUUACAAGUGGAGGGAUGUAUGUGUUUACGCUGCUGGAUCACUUUGCUGCAGGAACAUCGAUUCUCUUUGGAGUGCUUAUUGAAGCCAUUGGCAUUGCAUGGUUCUACGGAGUGGAUCGAUUUAGUGAUGACAUUAAGGAGAUGAUUGGCCAUCGACCAGGCAUAUACUGGAGGCUGUGCUGGAAGUUUGUCAGCCCCUGUUUCCUCUUGUUUAUGGUUGUGGUGAGCUUUGCCACGUUCAACCCUCCAAACUAUGGCUCCUACAAGUUUCCUCCAUGGGCUAAUCUGAUGGGGUGGUGUCUGGCCAUGUCCUCAAUGACCAUGGUGCCACUCUACGCCAUCUACAAACUCUGCACGUUGCCUGGAAAGUUUUGCAAUCGACUUGCUUACGCCAUCACCCCUGAGACAGAGCACCAUCUGGUAGAAAAUGGGGAGGUUCGGCAGUUCACUCUGCAUCACUGGCUGGUCAUCUGAAAACUACAGAAAAAAAACUUUUUAAAGCGCAAAAAGAAAGAAUGUCAGAAUGUUUGCUUUGUGGAUGAAUGCAGGAGCAACAAUUGUCUAAGGUCAGCCAUUUCAAAGAAUCACAAGGAAAAUAAUGGGAGGGGAAGUUUAAAAGUGCCAACAAAAGGAAAAAAAUAUAAAAAAGUUAAAAAUACACUGAAAAUAUAGUCCUAUUUAAUUUUGACUGUGUGUGUGUAUUAAAUUGUGUACUGGCUCUUUCUUCACAAGCCGGUGAAUGGUAUUCAAUCAGACAUUACUUUUGAUGUGUAGCUUGAUUUAUCCAUAAAUGCGAAUGUCCCUGAACACUUUUCAUGGUAGUUUUAGCCUUCAAGGCCAAUGUUUCUUAUAUUUUCAUGCAGUUAAAUCAAUAAGCGAUGAGAGCUGCAGGUGAAUGAACACAGAGAGGUUUAAUGUACUUUGUGUCAAGUGCAAAUUGGCUCAAAUUUAAAAUGGAAGCAACAAAAUCAAACUUCUCACAAUGCUGAGGUGCUACACGUCCCACCCCUAUUUCAUUUUUGCUUGCUGUUAAACUGAAAACUGUAGGUAGGCUUCAUAUUUUUAUUUCAACACUGUGUGUCAAUAUUUUGCUGGCAGAGUUGAUUGAAAAAACUCAAAUGUGACAAUUACCACAAACAUUGCUGAGUCCCAGUCCAGUGUCAUUUUUUUCAGGAGACUGUUAUGAUGUUAAAGCACAGUAAAUGUUUCUGCAAAACAAUUCAUUGUGUUGACAUCAAAAUGAAUGCCAUUUAAAAAAAACUGUCUAUUUGCCAACAUCAAAAAACAUGUUGAAUCAUAAAUAAAAAGAGAACUAACAGUUAAUAUUAACUUAAAAAAACAACCAUGGAGCCCAAUAAAGACCACGAGAAAACUUUAAGAACGUGAGUGAUAGCUGUUCAUGUUAACUUGUGAUUUACUUGUGGCUUGCAUUUCCUCUGAUCUCAAAGACUGUGUAAUAAUGUGUUGCAAUAACCUGCUUGUGGCUAUUGCGCAAGGGACAUCGUGCCCUCAGCUCUGGCUGCUCAUGUCCUUGUCUUUGUGCAGUGAUGGGUUUGCUGGCUGAAGCCACGGUUUUACCUGAAAUCCUGGUUUCAUCUGUGCUGCAUCCAUCACAGAAGCACCACAGGUUUUUUAAGCAGCUGACCACAGAGCCCUUGAAUCUCCGUUCAUAACUUUACUUAUCACAGACGGGUAGAACAACAGCAGCAGGUGGAUACUUAUUAAUGGUGGGACUUAAAAAGAGUAAUGAGCACUGUAAAUAAAAUAUCUGGAGACUGUCAUCAUGACCAGAGCAGUCUAAGAUCUAUUACUAAUAUAAUGCAGAGAAAAUCCAUUUCUUUAUCUGAUUUUACUUUUUGGGUCGCAAGGACAUGGUGCUGUCACUGUGCUAGAUCAACCUGGACAUGUCACAAAUCCAUCACAGACACAAACGAGACAAACCCAUCACACUCUCACUCACACCAAGGGAUAAUCUGGAGGCAGCAAUUAACUGAACAUGCAUGUUUUUGCUCUGUGAAUGGAAACCGUAGUACCCAGAAGAAAAUGCAUGCAUGCACGGCAAAUAAGGCAAACUGCUCACAGAAAAGCAGGGAAAAAACUACUUUCCCGCAAUGCCACUUGAGCAUAGCAAUUUUAAAGAAUAUUAGGAACUUAAAGCAGUAUUUCUAAAUAUUUGAAGUAAUUGUACAGGGAAAAAAAGUAUUAUGAACAAUUAGUAUCCUGCUUUCUGUAGAUAUCGGAGCUACUAACAGGUUCAGUUUGGAGAAACACAGUUUAAUUCUGACUGGGUUGAUCAAAUAAUGACUUUUCACAGUGAGGCCAAGCCAAAGUAGACUGCUAUUGUCCUAAAGCAGCUCCAGUUGAAAUGGUUUCACGUCAUAAAUUCACUCUUAGUUUAACAUCACACAACUAUUUCUGAAUAAAUAGGAUAUCCCUACCUGACAUGAUGAAGCUAGUUGCUGCUGUUGCUAGUUGUCCUUACAAACAAGCAUGUCAUUUUAUUAAAUAACUAUAAAGUUAAACUAAAGGUGAUUUAAAAGAGAAAAAUAAUAGAACUUUUGAAGAUUUGAGUAGUUUUAAGGGUAGAAACACAUUUCACAGCCUUGGUACUUACAGAGUACUGUAUAUACCCAGUACCAACAGAGUAUGUUCUGGACACUUACUUGGUACUUACUGAAUAAAUAACAGGUAUAACCAUGUCACUUCCUGAUACAGCUCGGUCCCUGUAGGUGCCCUAUUAGUUCCCCCCAUAAGAUCAAGGUAUCAAAUACAUAACUUGUAAGUACAGGGUUACAAGUCACUUUAAAAUACAACUUCAUCUCCAUAGAUGCCCAAAUAGUACCAGUUUUGUUCACAUCCCAGUAAGUACCUUGUAAGUGUCACUAUAAGUACCCUGUAGAUAAGAGGUACAUACUGUACCUUGUAUGUACCAAGUCGUCUGGUAAGUAUUACCAGAUACAUAUUGAGUAAUUAUCAGGUAUGAACCCAGUAUAAUGUACUGUUAUGGCUAUAAGAAUAUAUAUCCAGUUGGAGCUCAGACCAUAUUUGACAAGCAGUCAGCUCAUUAAUCCAGUCAGAAGUACAUUUUAUUUCUCUAAAGAGCUUUGUUUUUUUUUUCAAAAAGCUAUUUAUAAAAAAGUAAUAUUUUUUUAACUUUUCCAUCCAUCUACACUUCAAAAGAUUCAAACUAUCCCCUAAACAUGAAAGUCCAACACAUGAUGCCUUGUUGGUUGAGCCCCUCAGAUUUUUCGUCUUGGUCUCCUACAUACAAUGAUUUUAGAUAGGGUUUGAAAAAGGGCUUGUACUUUUAAAGAAACAUUUUAAAAUGUUUGGAUGAAUCAACUGUUCGUCUUCUUUUGUCACAAGUAAACUUUGGCCAUUCUGAUUACUGAAGCACUACCAGCAGAGCUGGUUAUAACAGAAGCCAGGAAGUAGCAGAAAAUCUCUUUACAACCAGGGGAAUGUUCCAAUUUUAGUGAUUCUCCAGUAUUACAUUGGUCUGCUUUAGUAAUAUGUUGUUGUUAGGUAUCCCCUCAUCUGGUUGGAAGUAAAAAUCUUAAUUUAUCUGAUAAAAACAUCAAUAACAAAAAACUGUAUGCUUUUUAGUUUAGAAUGCAGAUAACUGAAAGUGUGGCAAGGCCAAUUUCUUGGAGCUGUUAUCUCAUGUCUUUGGUGAACUCCAACUCUGUCUUGAAGUCAGUAAAAGUAAUCCCCAAAUCAUUCUCACUUUGACCUUUUGGGUGUCUCUUUGUAAAACGGUAUCAGCCCUACUGUUCAACCAAAGAACCAACAAGUUCAAAUCCUCAAUUGAGAACAUUUUGCCAAGGAUCUUUGCUUCUCAUGGACAUUCAGAUUUUCUUGGUUAACCCACUUAUGGAAGCUUUGGCUGUAACACAUUAUUUAGAAGGCACUGAGCUUUAAUUUUUACAGUUUCUGCAAACCUGAUCUAUAAUUUAAGACUGUUUAAAAAGCUGCUUUAUAAUCAAACUGCAAAUAAAUAGUGUGUAAUGUAAUAAAAUAAGUAACUUAAAUGAUAUAUCUGUGUAAGUAAAUGUAAUGUAGAGGAACUUGUAUUGUACUGUACUGUAACAUAUUGAAUUAUAUAUAGAUAGAUAUUAGCCUUAAGGAGCUUGAUGAGAAUAAUAUGAAAAUCUAUGAUAGUUUAUGUAUUUUCUUUAAGUUUUAUUUUUUCUUCCUGUUUAACCAGAAACUACCAGGUCAGCAAUGGCUUAUUUGUUCCCCUUGUGGUACAUGUAACAUACUGAUGGGUUAACUGUGUCCCAAGUCUGUGUAUGCCUGUGCUGCUGUCCUGUGCCAGGUGGUGUUUCUGAUUUUGUUUUGUACUGUCACAUAAAACAUAAAAAAAUAAAACUGUUAAAUUUAAAAUCCUCCUCUGUGC